AUGUCUGAACCCUCCAUCAAGCUCAAAUCAGCUAAGGAUACACUUGUUUCGUCUUUGUUUGAGCUCUCAAAGGCCGCGAAUCAAACAGCAGGUUCCAUUAUCGACUUUUACAAUGCAAUCGGUGAUGAUGAAGAAGAGAAACUGGAAGCUUUCACCACCUUAACGGAGGCGCUGCAAAAAUUAACUUCUGCCAGUAAUCAAAUCCAUGCUGUAAGCUCGGACUUGAUCAAUCCUCUUGACGAUGAUAAGGACACACUUGUAAACAGUCCUCCUACGAAGCAAGCGCAGCCAAAGAAGAAACAAGAGAGGGACCCAAACGCUCCAAAAAAGCCUCUGACUGUGUUUUUUGCCUACUCAGCGUAUGUUCGCCAAGCACUUCGCGAAGAUAGACAAAAAGCUGGAUUACCCCCGCUAUCCUCAACUGAGAUAACUCAGGAAAUCUCGAAGAAAUGGAAAGAAUUGGGUGAUUCUGAGAAAGAUAAAUGGAAGCAAGCCUAUCAUGCUGAAUUGGAGAAUUAUCAGAAAGAAAAACAGAAGUACUUGGAAGCAAAGAAAAAUGGUACUUUUACAGUCCAAGAUGGCCCAAAUUCUGCCCCUGUUCCCAUUCCUGAGUACUUGCAAGGCGGAAUAGAGGAUGAAGAUGAAUUCCAAUCUCGUAAAGAAAAGAGAGCUCAUGAAGAGGAUGGAUCAACAGGUUCCUCGGAAAAGAAAAAGAAGAAAAAAAAGAAGGAUAAGAAGAAGGAGAAGCACGGUAAUGUGUGA